CGAUUCGGCUCUUCCUGUACGGUGCUUGAGUGCUGCUGACUCUCAAAAUUGCACAACGGUAGGCUCCUCUUCGUCGACGAGAUCUCUUCUUUUCUUCUUCCUCGGAGCUCGAGGUUCCUGGUUCUCCCGAGUGUUUGCCUUGUUUCAUUCCGUUAUUGGGUGUUCUAACAUCGCCAUUGUUGCAGUCGAGCUGCUCCGGACUUUGAUCCUCUCGCAUUUCGUACGCGUUACGCGCGAAUGAGAUAAUCGUAGAUCGUAAUUGAGGCGGGGAAAGAUAAGAGAACGACGAUGAGCGAGGGGCAGAAGUUCCAGCUUGGAACCAUCGGUGCUUUGAGUUUGUCAGUUGUGUCGUCUGUGUCGAUCGUGAUCUGUAACAAGGCCCUUAUUAGCACUCUCGGUUUCACCUUUGCGACCACUUUGACAAGUUGGCAUCUUUUGGUCACGUUUUGUUCUCUUCAUGUGGCAUUAUGGAUGAAGUUGUUUGAACACAAGCCUUUUGAUCCACGAGCUGUUAUGGGAUUUGGCAUAUUAAAUGGCAUAUCCAUUGGACUGUUGAAUCUUAGCUUGGGUUUUAACUCUGUUGGUUUCUACCAGAUGACAAAACUGGCAAUUAUCCCCUGUACUGUUCUCUUGGAGACUCUCUUUUUCAGGAAGAAAUUCAGUCGAAAAAUCCAGUUUUCUUUAGCCAUCCUUCUCCUUGGUGUUGGAAUUGCAACAGUGACAGAUCUUCAGCUCAAUGUUCUGGGAUCUGUCUUGUCUCUGCUGGCUGUUCUCACUACGUGUGUGGCCCAGAUUAUGACUAAUACCAUCCAGAAGAAAUUCAAGGUUUCAUCCACCCAACUUCUGUAUCAGUCUUGCCCAUAUCAAGCCAUGACGCUUUUCAUCAUUGGCCCAUUUUUGGAUGGGCUCCUGACCAACCAUAACGUGUUUGCUUUCAAGUACACCUCUCAAGUCCUGUUUUUCAUUGUCCUGUCCUGCCUCAUAUCUGUUUCGGUGAACUUCAGCACCUUUCUGGUCAUAGGAAAGACAUCUCCAGUAACCUAUCAGGUCCUGGGGCAUCUGAAAACAUGCCUAGUUUUAGCUUUUGGAUACGUUUUGCUGCGUGACCCGUUCAACUGGCGCAACAUUCUGGGAAUACUGAUUGCUGUGAUCGGAAUGGUUGUCUAUUCGUAUUGCUGCACAAUGGAGACCCAGCAGAAAGCAAGUGAAACAUCACCAUCAACCCUGCUGCCCCAGGUGAAGGAAACCGAGAACGAUCCACUAAUUACAGCGGAGAACGGGAGCGGCGGAAUGUUAUCAGAAAGUGUGGUUCCAAAGACCCCGUGGAACUCGAACAAAGAUCUUCAUGCAUAGAGAAGAGCCCAUUGCAGCUUGCUGUCUGUAUCAGACAUUCUUGGUUUUAUUUCUCUGGGAGAGGAAGCAGUUUUGCUGUGAGAAAAAAAAAACUUUUUUUUUUUUUUGAAAAUCCUCUUCAUUUUGCAUAGCUGAGAGGAGACAAAAAAAAAUACACAAGACAAGUGAGAAGUGCAUGUUGAUUAAAAUAAAAUUUAUGCAUAAAAUAGCAAGUUUUGGCUC